AUGACGGCCACCAACCCGACCACCCUCCACAACGCCCCUUUAGUCCUCGACAACGGCUCCGGCACCAUCCGCGCCGGCUUCGCAGGUUCAGACCUCCCCACAACCACCUUCCCCUCUUACGUCGGACGACCCAAACACCCGCGCGUCCUCGCCGGCGCCCUCGAAGGCGACACCUUCAUCGGCAGUCGCGCGCAAAAGAACCGAGGCCUCCUCAAGCUGAAAUGGCCCUUAGAACACGGCAUCGUGACAGACUGGGACGAUAUGGAGCGGAUCUGGCGGCACGUCUACGAGAACGAAUUAAAGACCAUGAGCGAGGAACACCCGGUCCUAUUGACCGAGGCACCGUUGAAUCCGAUUCAGAACCGAGAAAUCGCAGCGCAAGUCCUCUUCGAGACCUUCAACGUGCCGGCCCUCUACAUCGCGGUGCAGGCCACCCUCUCCCUCUACGCCGCCGGGCGCACCACCGGCGUCGUCCUCGACGUCGGUGACGGCGUCUCCCACGCCGUGCCCGUCUACGAGGGCUUCGCCAUCAACUCGGCCAUCCGCCGCGUCGACGUCGCCGGUCGCGACGUGACCGAGUACCUACAGACCCUGCUCCGCAAAGCAGGCUGGGUCUUCCACACCUCGGCCGAGAAGGAGAUCGUGCGCCAGAUGAAGGAGACGGUCGGCUAUCUCGCGCUCGACCCGCGGAAGGAGGAGAAGGAAUGGGCGCGCGGCGUCUACCCGGGCGCAGAGGAGGAACGAACCUCCAAGAUCGUCGAGUACGCGCUCCCGGACGGCCAGAAGGUCAAGAUCGGCGCCGAGCGCUUCCGCGCCCCGGAGAUCCUGUUCGAUCCCGCCUUGAUCGGCCUGGAGUACAGCGGCGUGCAUCAGAUGGUCGUGGAUGCCAUCCAGCGCACGGAUAUGGAUCUCCGCAAGAAUCUGUACGCCAACGUCAUCUUGAGCGGCGGCGCGACCUUGACCAAGGGCUUCGGAGAGAGGCUGUUGGGCGAGGUCAAGAAGUUGGCCAUGAGGGAUACGAGGAUCAAGAUCUACGCGCCGCCGGAGAGGAAGUACAGUACUUGGAUUGGAGGAAGUAUUUUGGCCGGGUUGAGUACGUUUAGGAAGAUGUGGAUCAGCAUCGACGACUGGCACGAAGAUCCGGAUAUCAUCAACAUCAAAUUCGGCUGA